AAAUCGCCAAUGUAGACCUUCAUAUUUCCGAGGCUAUGUCCAUUGGCGUAUCUUUAAGAUUUGUGCUCUAUCCAUGUUGGCAAGAUAGAUAUAAGAUCGGCCCAGAGGAAAUCCAACGGUUUAUUAACCACAUGUCAAGUCAAGCUAAUGUAAUCGGUCUAUUCGUUAUAAACAUUGGAUUUAAGAGUGAAGCUUUAAACCAAGCAACGGAUUCAAAAAUAUUUUUAUGCACCAACGAUAAUCUUAUAGAAAUUGUUGAAAGAUGUUAUGAAGACACAAAGAAAGAAAGUUUUUUAAACUUUGGUCAUGUUAUAAUCAAAGAUCUCGAAUUUAAUGAUGGACCAGCCGAUUUAGUCCAUAUUAAUGAAAGAUAG